AUGGCUAUUGAGUCAAGCAAUAUUAGGAGUUUGAUAUGGACAAAUGUUAAAUAUUCUAUAGAAUUUUCCUCCACUUUUACCAAGAAACAUCCAUUUGUUUCAUUCACUUUGUUAUUCUUCAUCUUGUUUUAUGUUCUUUCACCAUCAAACACUUGGUUUUUCAUUUAUUCCUUACCCCUUUUGUUCUUUUUCACUAUUCUUCUUAUAGUCUUUUUUAGCAUUCCAAAUUUUGAACACGAUGUUGAUCAUUCGAAACCUAGAAGUAAUAUAAUCAGUCAUCAUGUUGAUAAAGAUCAUGAUGAAGAUGUCAAUGAAAAUAAACGAAAGGCUUUUCUUCGAGCUAGAUCCGUUAGACGAAGAAAAUCCAAGAAAUGUAUAGAAACUGGUGCUGAGGAAUUUGCAUCGUUUGGAAUACCUUUUAGUGAUGAUUUUGUUGACAAAGGCGCGUUGAUUGAAGAAAAACUGAAAGAUAUUCGAGAGGUGGAAGUGCAUUCGAUAAGUCAUGAUCAUGCUGAAUGUUCUUCCAGCUCAAAUAUUUUCAAGAAUUCAAGGCCUGUUGAGUAUUCAGGUUGCUCAUAUGAAGCAAGUGGAAAAUGUUUUAAAUCUUUUAGUUGUAUGUAUGAGAGAAAAACAGGAUCCUGUUUUGAUGAAACAGAAUAUGAUGGGGCAAGAAAUAAGGGUGUGCAAUGGAAAGAUGAAGAUCAAAAGAAUCUUAUGGAUCUUGGACUUUCUGAGAUUGAAAGGACUAAAAGAUUGGAAAGUUUAAUGGCACGAAGACGAGCACGAAAGAUGCUUAGCCUACAAGUUAGAAGAUCACUGAUGAAUAUAGGCUGCAAAGAAACAUAUCCUCCAGUUUCUUCAAUUUUAAUUCCAAAACACAGAGAAUCAACUAAUCAAUUUUCACUUACCCCGGGUUCAGCCCCUUCGAUUUUGGGACCAAAUCGGAAUCCUUUUGACCUUCCAUAUGAUCAACAUGAAGAAAAGCCUAAUGUAAGAGGUGGAAGUUUUAUGCAAGAGUUCAUGUUAGCUCAGGAACAGAAGGAGUUGAUGUUAUCCAGGCAUGAAAGCUUCUGUUUGGGGACUGCAUUUCCAGGGGACUUGAAUCUUGAUCAGCGCAAAAGGACUCUACGUUCUGAUCUUCCAUCCAGGCAAUGGUUUCCGGAGACAUCUGAAAGUUCCAAAUCAAGACACCCGUUAGGUAAGGAAUAUAAUGAUAGAGUAGUUGAAGAAGUACCGUCUCAAGCGUCCGAACCAGAGAUGAACGUGGUCUAUAAUGGAGAUCAUAGUAGGGAAGGCCAGGAUAAUAGCCAGGAUGAAAAAGACAGUAGUGAAGUACAGAUAAAGUCAGUACUAGUGGAAGGCAUUAGCAAUAGGUUUAGUUCAUCAUCUUCAUCGGAAGAUGACGAACCAUUCUAUAAGAUAGACAAAGAUGCAAUCUUGAAAUCUAUUGCUUCUCCUUCUCUAAGGAACUUAUCAGGUGAUCCAUCACAUUCCGGUUCAUCCUUGUUGGAGAAAACGAUAGAGGACGAAUGUUUAUACUAUCCUAAUCGUCCUAUGCAUCACACUCCCGGCCAGUCUAUUGCUUCUGACUUGCAAGUGGAGGUUUCUGAAGUCGGUUCACCUCCAUUGACAAACGAUGGGAGCUCAUCCGCAGGUGAAGAGAUUUCUAUAGAUGGGGAGAUAGAAAAAGCCAUAACGUCUAGCAGUGAAGACAUGCUGAUGUCUUCUUCUCACCUAGCUAGAGUAGAUGAAAAUGAAUCAAAUUCCAGAGAAGUACGCGAGGUCACUGAACAAGAUAUAGUAGAAUUUGGAUUUUCGAGGUUCCAUAUGUCUGAGAAUAAUGUGCCACAAGAUAUUCCAUCAGAACGAACAAUUGAACCGUAUUCCACUAGUUCAAGCUCAUUUCCACCUCCAAGGACAGACAGGAAUCAAGCUAGCAGUAGUUAUCAACAGCGUAGGCCGGAAGGACUUUCUGUAGUUGGUGAAAGAUUUCAAGGUUCAUUACUACAACCAGAAUUUCCAGUACAACAACUCCCUUUCGCAUCAACGUCACUAGUAUCACCGACAUCUGUUCUACAACCAAGUUGCUUAAUCGAACAUGGAUCCUCUUCGAGUAUUGAUCAGCUACAAAAUGAUAGGUCAGUGAACAUCUCCAGUGAGAGAUCAGAUUCAAUUGGUUCACAGGAAUCAGAUCUUAGUUUAAGCAACUUAACAUUACAAGUUUCUGAAUUACCUUCAGAAACAGAAAAUUCAAUUUCAGCCAAAGAGAACGACGUUGCUUCACACGUGCUAGACAGUGCCAGCGAACAACAUAGUGAACAUGUGGCAUUUUCAACUAUUGGACAAGGACACCCCUCAUUUGACACCUCUAGUACAUCAUCAUCUAAGUCUGUAUCGCAACCAAAUUUUAUCAUUGAUCAAGGAUCUAGUUCAAAUCUGGAGACUCAACACGUAGACACGCGCAGACUAAAAAAUAAGCAUCCGGAUGAAGUAACUGCUGGAAGUUGUGAUCCAACCACUACUCGGAUCUCAACACUUACGUUAAGAAAUCCGACAGUGCAAAAUUCAGUUCCACAUCCGGAGACACAGAAGUCUGCAGAAAAUUUAAAGUCUCUCCCUAGAAAUGACAUUCAGGAAACACUUCGUGAUAAUGGUGGUAAACAGCAUAUUGAAGAAGUUUUUUCUACAAUUAGCCAGAGUUUUGAUGAUUCACAAGCAUCAUCAUCAUCAUCACCACAUGAUCUGGUGGUCGAACAAGUUUCGAUGGCCUCUACUUCAUCCCCCUCUCCCAACACUAGGAUUCAACCAAAGUUCUCAGCAAGGGAAGGCUCCUCAACUUCUGAAGAACAGAAGAGAAUGCAGGAUCCUAUACCUGGAAUUCCAUCGGAGAGAGGUAUCAAUCAAGACUCAAUCAGCUUACAAUCUACAAGCCGAGAAGUCCCUACAGCCUCAAGUUGUUCAUCAUCACCAAAGUCUGUACUUGAACCAAAGUCCUCAACAGGUCAAGGCCCUCUGUUGAACUUUGACAGGGAAGAACAAAUAGGUGAAAGUCCAAGUCAAAGAAUGUCUAGAACUUUGUUGGUUGAGUCUGCAUCACACCAACUUCAUCAUGCAGAUGCUAAAACGAAAUCAUCCAAUGAUGAAGAGAAGCCCCAUGAAGAAGCCACUAACCACAAUGAUGUCAAGAAGGAAGUGGACAUACCCAAAAUGAACCUCAAAGAAGUCUCUAUAGAAUCACCAAACAAGACCACUAUAUUGUCUUCCAACAACAGCACAAAACAUCAAAAGUCAAGUGAUGUUACAAAUUUUGCUUCCCCUUCAACUAACAAGGAUGAAAUUUUAGUCAUUCCUAUUAGUGCAAGUGAACAAACUUCAGAAAAGGGUAAUUCUGCAACAUCAAAGGAAACACAUAGUGACAAAACAGAUAGUAAAGAAAAGGCUAAAGACUAA